GCUGACACGUACAACAAGAACAAGCCCAUGAAAUACUGGGUGGAGCGCAAAAUUUCCGCAAGCAUGAAUCAGUCCCAGCUCCUGCGCCAAUCCGAGAUGGUAAGCUAUGAGCAGGAAAUUCCAGCCGAAGGUAAUGAGGUCACACUUGGUAUGGAGCCAAAGUUUGAUUUCACUGACUUUGAUUCUGUCGGGGAGCAAGCUGCAGGUGGAAGUGUGGCGGCAUCUAUCGAGCAGGAGCUAGGCCUGCCGGUUCUCGAAGGCAAAAAGCCGCAGGAUAUGGCCCAGUUGUUCACAAAGGCCUUGAGUACACGAUCUACCAAAACGGCAGAGAUUGUGGGCAAGCUAAAUACCAUUCCUGUGGCAGAGCGGCUGAUUGAGAAAAUGAAUGCCUGCAUCACGGAGUGCGAUGAUAUCCAGGAGGAGAUUGAUAAUGUUUAUUGCGAGGGAAGCGUGGAAGGUUUCAGCUCACAGCUGGCUCUGGAGUGCAUGACCCUGGAGAACCGCGCCAAAGCUGCAGUGCCCAAGCGACGUGCAGCGCCAGUAGAGAAGGGCAAGCCGAAGACGAAGCCUGCCGCCAAAGAAAUUGUGAGCUACCGGGACCUACUGCAAGAAAGCUGGUCGAGUCUUUGGGAAAUGGAGCCGGGAGCCAACAUCAUCCGAUUUGCGAAAACCAUUGAACAAGAGCAGCCGCUGCUCAUGCCUGGUGUUCGAGAGAUGGCCUUGAAAGACCCGGCCCAUGCGGAAGAAGCGCUUCACAAAUUGAUUCGCCAAUGGGGGCUGGCCUUGCCACUUGACAUCCAUUACUUUAGCAGAGGGGAGCUGUGGUGCCCCAUGUUAAAACCUUCGACCUGGUUCGAAUACUUGAUUUGCGAGAAGCCUGAGAUCUUGCUGGGAGGUUUUCCCCGCAACCAUCCAGCAGUUGGAGAUUUCCUGGAAUCGUUCUGGCGAGCAUACAAGUUUGAAGAUCCAGAGCAUGCGACCUAUGUAGAUGCAUACCGUAUUGCAUUUUUGCAGAUGAAGGACGAGGACUUCGCAAGGUUGUUCAAGAUUUUGCAGGCAUCUGUACAGCUGGCUUUCAGUGUGAUGAUGGCACGCGAUGGUCUUUCAAUCAUCUUUUGGGGCCAGCUGGUGUAUGUCACCACUGUUUGGGGGGACGGUUGGAAAGCAGGAGAUUCCUUAAUGCUGCUGCGAUGGCUGCUGAAACUUGUUUUUGGCGGUGCUGUCAUGCCGGAUGGCUCCGGUCGCUCUGGCGAAACAUUCUUGGAUGAUGCUACGCAUGGUGUUUGGUUGGAUCCGACUAAAGCCUUGGACGCAGCCAACAGUAUCAACUUGUUCUGCUCUGCUUACAACUUCUUAGCCCGAGAGUUUUAUCGCUAG